AUGAAAAUGAAAAUCAGCUUCAUUCUGGGUUUGCUCUUCACUGGACUUUUUUUAACUAUAAAUAGUCUUCAGCAGCAAAAACCCCCUGCCCAGAAUCACCACUAUCUCCAGGAGUCACAGGAGAGAAGAGCUAGAAAAGAAGUCGUCAGCCGAAAUACUGAGUUUGCAUGUAAGAUGUACCAAUAUUUGGCCAAAAGAAGCAAAGAUAACAACAUCUUCUUCUCCCCUCUGAGUGUUUCCACGGGUUUCUCCAUGUUGACCAUGGGGGCAAAGGAUUACACUCGGGCUCAGCUAAUUGACAGUUUGUGCCUAACUAACAUACCCACAAAGAAAAUAUAUCAAGGCUUCUCUUACCUCAUUUGCAGUCUCAACCAACCUGACAGAGAUCUGAAGCUUCGCCUGGGCAAUACUGUAUUCAUUGAGAAAAAGCUGAAAACCCAAAAAAGCUUUUUGAAUGAUAUCAAUAAUGUAUAUAAAGCAGAAGUCAUUUCUAUGGACCUCAAGGAUCCUAAGGAAGCCAUUAGACAAAUCAACAAUUAUAUCACCAAUAAAACCCAUGGGAAAAUUACUAACAUGGUAAAGAAUCUGGAUUCAGGAACGGACUUGCUUCUGAUUAAUCAUAUUUACUUUCAAGCUGAAUGGGAAAAGAAGUUUAACUCAAAGGACACACAAGAAGAUGAAUUCUUUUUGAUUGAUGGGAGGUCGGUGAAAGUUCCCAUGAUGUACCGAGGUGGCAAGUACAGAAUUGGCUAUGACGAGCAACUCUCCAGUAGGAUUCUAGAACUACCUUUUAAGGGGAAUGUCACAGGGCUUUUCAUACUUCCAGACAAAGGAAAACUGAAGAAUGUGGAAGAAGGGCUCAAUAAGGACAAACUGAUGCAAAUAAGUCAAUCAUUAAAACUCAGUUCUGUUGAUGUGUGUUUACCUAAGUUUUCCAUUGCUGGUACCUAUAAUAUGAAAAAAUGUUUAUCAGAUCUUGGUGUUACCCGAAUCUUUGAUGGAAGUGCUGACCUCACCAGAAUUGCUCCCCAGAAGACCUUGAGAGUUAACCAGGCUCUGCAUAAGGCUGUGUUGAAGAUGGAUGAAAAAGGAGCAGAAGCUGCUGGAGGAACUGGUGUUGAGGCCCUGCCCAUGGCUGUUCCCGAAGUGCUUAAAUUUAACAAACCAUUCUUCAUUUUUAUUAUGGAUGAGACAACCAAGUCUUUAGUCUUCAUGGGAAGAAUUAUGAACCCUACAUAA